AUGUACGGCAUGCAAGGGGUAAGCUGCUUCGUCGGCUCCGAAAUCCCCAUCGACGAUAAGAUUGAGGUGCUCGAAGCCAUGGCUGCUGCGCUUGGCAUCGAGCCUGCUUCCACCUUGCCUGAUCAAUCAUCAGAGACAAGCACUGCAGCCGGCAGCCCGGAAGUCGAAGCAACACUACCAACGCUAAGAAACCUCGUGAGGCCGUCCAAGAACGUUGCCGGCGUCGCUGGAGACGGCGUCGAGGUUGCAGAGGUGCUCGAGCCGACUCGGAUCGCCGUGGGCUGUCAAGGGUCCGUGGUGGAAGCGCUGCCGUCGUCGUUGACGCUAUGGGACAAGUCGAAAUUGUCAGCCGUCAGCGGGCAGAAGCACGUCGUUGCCAAGGUGCUGCUGACGGAUGCUUCGCCGGCGUGGCACAACGAAAUUGUUGCGUGGUUGGAGCGUAUUCGCGUCGCGUUUGAGACGCACGGGCUGGGCACGCACGUCGGUGACGGGCAAUCGAUCCUUGCCGUCGCGGACGGAUCGGAAUCUCUGGCGCUGUCGAGCUACCUGGAUCAUCUUUGGCAGGACGGCGAAUCGUGGCUCGAUACGCUGCGGUCCAUCUCGAGCCGCGUGGAGCUGGACCUGCUGCAGGGCAAGCAUGUGGUGGUGUACACGCUGCAGCCGCCCAACUCGGCAGCAUGUGCCGCGACGGGCUUUAACGGUCUGUUGCGGCUCGAGGCGGAUCUGAGGGCGAUGCUAAGUGAGAAAGUUGGUGUGCUUGCAGAGCAGCUGCUAGUGCGUGCUGUGUGCCCGUCGAUGAUGACCGAGAGCGGCAGUCUUGGUUUUGGUCAGCAGUCGCAGACGCUGAGGAGGCUGGCGUUUUCGGUGUACGAUCAGUUGCCAAGGCUGGUGCGUCGUCAGCCCGCCAAGGUGCUGCAUGGAAGGGAAGCGGGCCCGAUUUCGGCGGUGGUGCAGUUUCCUGCUUUUAGCCUCUCGACAGCACCUGCUCCGGGAGCGACCAAGGCAGAACGGACGAGUCUGUCGUUGGGGUGGCCGCAGGAGCCAGCAGCUGCGCUGGACGAGCAUCUGCUGCUGCAUAUCAGCUACCGAACAUGCCAGACGGGAUCGCGCGAGCAAGCCGAGCAAGCCGCCCGAGUGCAUCGCGGUGACAGCAACGCCUCGUCGAUUGCUGACAAUGUGCUUGGACUGGGCAGCUUCUCGGAUGGUGACCAGGCUUCAUCGACGGCCCUAGAGCGCAUUGUGCUGGUGAGCGCCGUCGACGAGCGGGGUGGAUCAAGCACAGUGGAUGCGCUCGGUGCCAACGAUAGCGGCGACUCAAGCAUCGAAGCGUGCGUGGAGCGCGUUUGGCGAUUUGCACUGGCCGAAGCAAGUCGUGCGCGCGUGCGGUGGCGUCUUGCCAUCUCGAGCGCCUUUGUGAUGAGCCAGCGCGAGUUGGUGGCGUGGCAGCGCAUGAUUGGGUCAUACCUAGCAUCGACGUGCGUGGAGGAGAGGGUGAUGGGUAGUGUGGUACUGCUGAGCGUGCGAGCGGACGAAUCAGGGGCUGUGGUGGCGGAGCGAGGUGCACGCACGAAACCGAGCCAGCCAUGGGCAGCGACGGCGGACAAGUCGAGUUUGGUGUUACUGGAUGCAUCGGAUUUCUCGCAGAUUGUCAGGUUCGCUGAGCCUCUGCCGAUGGGAUGGACGCAGGCAGUUGGCGGAUCGCAGACGGCGGGCCAAGAUGAGGAGCAAGGGGAGGAGGGGGAGGAGGAGGAGGAGAAGGAGGAGGAGGAGGAGGAGGAGAAGGUAGACGGAGAGGAACAGGACAUGGAUGCAAUGGCCUUGCCUAUUGCUACUGCCAUGCUCGUGCAUCGCUCGCGCCCUAACCUGUUGAGCCGCAGCGCCAAGCAUCGUCUGGAUGGAGGCGCGUCGGCGAGCCAGGUUUUGGCUGUCGACAUGCUGCACAAGUGGAUCGCAACGGCAACGAUACCGCAGCUGCCGCGGGCCGAGGAUGCCAAACAGGAAGCGGAGCAGGACGAUGCAAUGGAUGCGAUCCUGCGCAGCCUGCACCGACUGCGCCUGCUGAGCGAGGAACGACACCAGCUGCCUUGGCCGUAUAGCGCCCAACCUUGGUCCGUGGCUAGUGUCAACACGCUGGCUGCCUGUCUGGACGGAGUGGUUCUGGCAGAUUGA